AUGAAAUCGUUUGUUACCAAAUUUUUGCUCUUAAGUGGAGCCUCAUUAGUCACCUCAGCGCCAAACCCAGUGCACAUUCUCCAGAAACGCACGGGAAGCAAUGGCUGUAAUGCCGACAAUCUCCUCCGUUUAUUGAGGAAUUCCGACAAUAUCGGCGAGGCUGUCGUGUUCUGCAGCACAUACUUGAAUCUCCCCGGUACAACUAUCACAGUUGCCACCGUAACACCCACUCUCACUAUUAGCGAGACAACUACGAUCACGGUCGUCGAUGAAGUCGAAGAGACCCUCACAAAGACCCUGAUAUUCACCGACAUCGACACCGUUGUCAAUACAGUAACGGAUUGUGCUACUAGCACUAAGACUGCGACCCAAACGGAUACUAUCGUUACCACUAUCACUCAAAACUACGUGAAGCGGAAUACACAUGCUCCCCUAACAGAGAGGGUCGCCACAUACCCUCCUGAUCGGAUCUCCAGCGCUUGCUCAUGCCUGACAGUCCCAUUGGAGAUCAUCCCCGUCACCUACACCGCCCCGACAGUAACAAUUACUGCAUCUGACUCUUUGACAACCGAAAUCACCAAGACUUUGACGGAAACCGUGGAUGUUUCGAAGACCAUAGUCGAAGUUACUGAAACUGUUACAACUGUCACCAACUACAAAGAGGUUGAGGUUACAACCACUCUGACCACCAUUGCUACAUUUUAUACCCAUGUGCCUCCACCACCACCAGAGAAAUUUGUUCUUCGAUCCAACGGGCCCGGUGUAUCACAGCACUAUCUGAAGGCUGUUUCCCACAACAACUCCCCCUUUAUCACUCAUGCUAUCUUCGUCUCCGAUAAAGCCCAAGCGACUGUAUGGUUCCUUGAUUCAGAAAACCGUCUUUCGUACAAUAAUGCAGGACAAAGUAAUUCUGUUUGGGUCUCAUACACUCUUGGAAGUGCUGACCCGAGAGAAAUUCUUUGGGACUCUCCGUCAUCUGUCAAUGGAAACUUCCUGAAAUGGACCAAGCAUGCCAAUGGCAAUGUGGUUCCUAAUGAUGCAGUCCUCGAUAAACUCCAGAGUUGUGUGCCAGUUGAGGCCGAUAUCAAUGGAGCGAAGACUUUAUUCAUCGGUUCAUUCAUUGAUAACAAGAACGACUGUAAAUCUGUUGAUUUGCACCCGGAAGCCCCUCUUUAA